UUAUGCAUCUGAUAAUAUUUUUUACACAACUGGAUAAUUUUCUUCAUUUAACACUAACCUAUUAUCAGGGCUAUUGGUCUAAAUUUAUAUUUAAUUUUGUUUUUGAUAAUGGAGUCCUUCAUGCAGCCGACCCCACCUGGUGGCAAUAAGGGCUUGGUGUGUUGUUAAAAUAGGAAGCCUUUCACCCUAAAACUGCUCAUGAGGAACACUUACGAAGUGUUAUCUCCCACCCAUAAUGGGGGAGUCCAGCAUUUUGCAGUUUCUACAUCUAGAGUACACUGCAUUUUGAAUUGAGACUUGAUUCCGGGUAUUGCCUCAUUCUUUGUUGCAUUUUUUAACCUGGUGCUGUUGGAGACUGUUGACUUCUUGAAACAAUUCCCUGAUUUUAUUACAGGAAGUAGUUUUUGCUCUUUCAGAGUUAAAAUUAUGGGUGCUUCUUCAAUGGUUUAUGUUGUGAUACCAAUUUGCUUCUGAGGCUGUGCAUGAUGUGCCCAUGAAUCACUGAUUUCUUCUGGGAUUGUUGCACAUAAGCAUGAAUCACUGACACACUCAAUUUAAGAAUUGUGGAUGCUUUUUUGAAUUUUCACCUUGUGACACCAUUUUGCUUGCAUGCAUUGCUGCAUGUGUUCCAUUUCUGGACAGCUAUGUGCAGAAUUAUGCAUGAUCAAUCCUGUGCUCACCGGUCAGCCAAAAAAUAGUAGGAAAUCUUGGCUGCACUCAGAAAGGAAAAUCUAUCGGAAUCAAUGAUGUUGCAGUUCUUCAAGCUGACAUUUGUUCCCUUCCUUUUUACAGAAACUUGGCCCUGUUUCAAUCUGAUAGAGCCAAUGGGUGCGGAGGAAGCCAAACAGGAAGAAGCUCAAGCAGCACCCAAGCCAGAAGAAAAGAAAGAGGAGAAGACAGAAGACAAGCCAAAAGAAGAGCAGACGAAGGAAGAGCCCAAGCCCCCCUCUCCUUUCGUCCUCUUUGUCGACUUGCAUUGUGUUGGAUGUACAAAGAAGAUUGAGAAGUCCAUCAUGAAGAUUAGAGGGGUGGAGGGGGUGGUGACUGAUAUGUCCAAGAACCAAGUGACCAUCAAAGGAGUGAUCGAGCCUCAAGCCGUGUGCACAAAGAUAAUGAAGAAAACCAAGAGACGAGCCCAAGUUGUGUCCCCAUUACCUGCAGCUGAGGGCAAGCCUCUGCCUGAAGUCGUUAAUUCAGAGGUUAGUGGGUUGACGACCGUGGAACUCACUGUGAACAUGCACUGCGAGGCUUGUGCUCAGCAGCUUAAGAAGAAGAUACUCAAAAUGAGAGGAGUAAGAACAGCGACAACAGAGCUGAGCUCAGGGAAAGUGACAGUGACGGGCACCAUGGACGCGAACAAGCUCGUCGAUUACGUCUACAGACGCACCAAAAAGCAGGCGAAGAUUGUGCCACAACCGGAGCCCGAGAAGCCGGCCGAAGCUGCAGAAGCGAAGCCCGAGGAGAAGAAAGAAGAAGCGCCGGCGGAAGAUCAAAAGCCUGCUGCGGCGGAGGAAUCCAAGCCCGAGGAGAAGAAGGAAGGAGAAGCCGCCGACGCCGAGAAGAAGGAAGGAGGCGGCGAGAAGGCUCCGGAGGAAGAAAAGAAAGAUGGCAAAGAAGAGAAGGCCAAGGAGGAGGAAGUGCCGAACAUCGUGACGGACGAACUGGCAAUGCAGAGGGCGAUGUAUUAUUACCAGCCGCUUUACGUGAUCGAGAGAAUCCCGCCGGCGCCUCAGCUCUUCUCCGACGAAAACCCUAAUGCUUGUUGCAUUACGUAAUAAUUAAUAUUUAUACACAUAUAUAUUCUGAAUUUAUCACCAGAUUUGGUGGCGAGAGAGAGAGAGAGAGAGAGAGAGAGCUAAGUGUGGGUCGAUGGAUUUGGGGGGUAUUCAAAUAGAGCAAGCAAGCAAUUGUAUUGUAUAAUCAUC